AUGGAACAAAGAAACAAUGUGACAGAAUUUAUCCUCUUGGGGCUCACUGAGAGUCUUCAGGGUCAGAAAAUAUUAUUUGUUGUGUUCUUGUUCAUCUACAUUGUGACAAUGGUGGGCAACCUACUCAUUAUUGUGACUGUCAUGGUCAGCCCAAGUCUGGAUGUCCCAAUGUACUUCUUUCUUGGCUACUUAUCAUUUAUGGAUGCUGCUUAUUCUACUACACUUACCCCAAAUAUGAUUAUAGACUUACUUUAUGAGAAGAAAACCAUUUCCUUCCAAGGCUGCAUGAGCCAGCUUUUUAUAGGGCACUUAUUUGGUGGUGCUGAGAUUUUACUCUUGAUGGUCAUGGCCUAUGACCGCUAUGUGGCCAUCUGUAAGCCCUUGCAUUAUUUGACAAUCAUGAAUCAACGAGUGUGUAUUGUACUGCUACUGUUGGCCUGGGUUGGAGGUUUUUUACAUGCUAUAGUUCAACUUUUCAUUGUUUACAAUCUUCCCUUCUGUGGCCCCAAUGUCAUUGACCACUUCAUUUGUGACAUGUAUCCCUUAUUAAAACUUGCCUGCACUAACACCUAUGUUAUUGGCCUCAUUGUGGUUGCCAACGAUGGGUCCAUCUGUGUGGUCAUCUUUGUGCUGUUACUCAUCUCCUAUGGGGUCAUUCUGCACUCCCUGAAGACUCUUAGUCAGGAAGGGAGGCGCAAAGCCCUAUCCACCUGUAGCUACCACAUUACUGUGGUGGUCCUCUUCUUUGUCCCUUGUAUUUUUAUGUAUGUGAGACCUCCUUCUACCUUACCCAUUGAUAAAUCCUUAACUGUGUUUUACACUGUUAUCACUCCUAUGUUGAACCCCUUAAUCUAUACUCUAAGAAAUGGAGAGAUGAAAAGUGCUAUGAAAAAUCUCUGGAUCAGAAGAAGAAAAUGA